AUGAACCCGCGAUUAUUUUCCACGCUGCGCUGCCUGCAGCAUGAAAACCCUCUGGGUCUGCCACGAACUGGAAGCAUUCCGCGCAUGCAGCGUGGAUUGCCCGAACGACGAAAUAUAAAGGAUGUUAAGAAAGUGAUUGCUGUAUCAUCUGCGAAAGGAGGCGUGGGAAAGUCGACAAUUGCAGUCAAUCUCGCUCUGGCGUUUGCCAAACGUGGACUUCGAAGCGGCAUCCUUGACACGGAUAUCUUCGGUCCCUCCAUUCCAACACUUUUGAAUCUCUCAGGAGAGCCACGAUUAUCUUCAAACAACCAACUUAUACCUCUUUCCAAUUAUGGAGUCAAAUCUAUGUCAAUGGGAUAUCUCGUCGGAGACGAGGCACCUGUAGUAUGGCGUGGACUUAUGGUUAUGAAAGCUUUACAGCAACUAUUACAUGAGGUCGAUUGGGGAGGCUUGGAUAUCCUCGUGCUAGAUUUGCCACCAGGAACAGGAGAUACACAAUUGACGAUCACGCAGCAGAUCAUUCUUGAUGGCGCAAUUAUCAUCUCUACACCUCAAGACAUUGCUCUCAAAGAUGCCGUGAAGGGAAUCAACAUGUUCAAGAAGACGAAUAUUCCAAUACUGGGAAUGGUCCAGAAUAUGUCGCUCUUCAUUUGCCCACAUUGUCACAACAGCACUCACAUAUUUGGAUCCCACUCAGGUGUAGAAAAAGCAUGUCGAGAGCACGGAAUUAACUUCUUGGGUAACAUACCACUUCAUGCAAGCAUAUGUGAUUAUGCAGAUAGGGGAAAGCCAACUGUUGUAUCUGAACCGGAUAGUGAGCGAACAAAGUCGUUUAUAACAAUAUCUCAGCGGGUUGGUGACUUGAUUGGGCUAUGA